AAUAUAAAGCCUCCAUUUUUUUUCCCUUCCUCUUUUACCUCUCUUUCUCCAAUUGUUCAUCCCUUCAUUAAAAAAAAAAAAAAACCCUAAAAAACCAACAGUGAGGUGCAGGGAAAUAGAACACAAAAUGGCGACAGUUCCAGGACAGUUGAUUUGGGAGGUGGUGAAGAAGAACAAUUGUUUUUUGGUGAAACAAUUUGGAAGAGGAACUGCUGGCGUUCGAUUCAGCAAAGAGCCCAACAAUCUCUACAAUGUCAACUCCUACAAACACUCUGGUUUGGCAAACAAGAAAACCGUCACCAUUCAACCUGCAGGCAAAGACCAGUCUGUGCUCUUAGCCACAACCAAGUCUAAGAAGCAGAACAAGCCUUCGAGCUUGCUCCAUAAGUCUGUCAUGAAAAAGGAGUUCCCUAGGAUGGCCAAGGCAGUCAAAAACCAGGUGACAGACAACUACUACAGGCCGGAUUUAACAAAAGCUGCCCUAGCAAGGUUGAGUGCUGUGAACCGAAGUCUGAAGGUUGCCAAAUCCGGUGUCAAGAAGAGGAACAGACAAGCAUCGAGGAUCCAUGGCAGGAAGUGAGAUUUUUUACACAACUUCACAAUCAUUUUGCUGCAAUUUUCGUUGUCUCCGACACUUUUUCAUCCUUGUUUCGUGGUUUUAGCUUGUUGGUGUAUUUUAUAACUAGAUUUUGAAACAAAAAAAAGUGAGAAUCAUGGUGGUUUUGAGUUUGUUUUUCGGACUAUAAUAUCGUAAGUUUGAUAAUUUUGCCCUUUAA